AUGCUAGACAGACACGGCCGUAGUCUAGACACUUUUGGUUUAAGCAAGGAACUCAUAAUGACCCUGAUCAACAGAUACCUUCAGCGCAACAUUUUCACUGGUGGGGUAAACACUACUCUCAGGCCACUUGCUAUUGGCCAACGGCUCGCUCCAGUUCUUUCUAUUUGCUUUACGAGCAGAAUAGAACAAUCAAUAAUAGAACGUCUCCAACACAUGUACUGCCGAUAUGUCGAUGACUGUUUCAUCGUGCCAUCAAUGCAAUACGGAGUGAAUGAAUGGUUUAAAAUGUUGGAUGAGCACUCACAGUACAUAAAACAUACUCGAGAAGAACCAAAGGAGAGUUCAAAACACAUACUGAUGAUCACAACCUCGGCUCGUCCUCUUGGCAUGAAGAGGGGAAUUGUCCACAACAUGGAAUCCUUGUUUGCAGGUCGACUCUAUGUGCAAGGAGAAGCUGAAAACGAACGUUGCUUCCAAACGGCCAAAGAAACCUCUUCCAGCCAUGUUACAUUCCACCUACCGAUAGGUGCAUGUAACAUGAGGAGGCAGAGGACGAUGCACCCGCGAGGAGUUUCGUUCUCUUUCUCACUUGUGGUUUCAUUUCAUCACUACUUCGUCACUGGAAUGGAUCGUGCAUUUCACAUCCGUUGCUUCUUCCUAGAGUCCGUGAAAAAUCUGCAUACGGAAUUUAGUGUAGGGACUCUGAAAACAGAAGUCGUUGAGCAGGAGUUUCAGCUACCAGAAUGCAUCUACCAACUACGAGAUGGAAUCAACGGUCCUACUCUCCAGUACGCACAGGUAGGUCAGCGAGUUACACACCGAUGGAGUUGCGAAGACGGUUCAAGUUGGGUUUACGGGAUUUUGAUCCAUAGCUGUUUUGCCGAUGAUGGACAAGGGAAUAAAUUCGAGCUCGUCGACGACAGAGGGUGCUCAACAGACUCCUAUCUUUUGCCUCAAAUAGGGUACGAACCGAAUAGUUUGUCAGCAUUUACAAACGCUCAGGUGUUCAAAUAUGCGGACAAGGUUCAACUUUAUUUCACAUGUACUGUACAGCUUUGCUACAAACACGAUGGUGGAUGCGAGGGCGUGACGCCACCAGUCUGCGACCAUGACUCGAACUACCUACCAGGUGUCACUCCUCCUCACCAUGAUAUCGAUUCACCAUCGAUAGGAGGAGAAGGUGAACCGGAAGAAAACGCGAUGUAUAAUGAAUUCCCACCGGAAUCGAAACCAUUUUUCGGACCAAUAGAUCCGAUGGAUGGUUACGGGAGUUCCAAAUACAGAGACAGCCCACUGAACGAGACCGAAGUAGAAGAUAUGUCUUUGAUAGCAUCUAAUUCCUCAGCAGCAGGAAAACGUUUAGAUAGAACAACAAAGAAAAGAAGAGAUUUGAACAUGGAAACCGACCUCAGCGUUGACGUUAUUGUUCUCCCGUUUGACGAAAAGACAGGUCAAAACGGCAUGAACCACGAGCGUAGUUGCGGUGCAUUUGCGUACGCGCUCGAAACGGCGCGGCGGAAGCAGGAGCUGGAACCGAAGGGGACCAUCGCAAACAGCAGCGAUGGGUGGUGCCAACAAGGAUUUCACCACGCUCCUGGCCUCUACGCUGCACCGGAGCAUUUCGAGAGAAGCCCCGUAAAUACAAUGGCGGAGUACGACUUAACAAAGCGAAUGGCUCCUUUCUUUGAUCUGCAUCUGAUCAUCCCUUUAUUAGAGUUUAUCGAGCCAAGAAAGAUUUACGAUGAUGCUUCUCUUGUGGAGAUGCAUCGCCACGUGCUUAUGAAAACAAAUAUGAUCGAUAGCCUAACUGAAACUUAUCAAGGCACUCCUAUCCCAAAAGAAUUAGAAACUAAAAGGAGUGAAGUUCUCAAGGAAAGGGACAUUCUCAAGGCCAAGGUUGACCCAGUCAUAGAGAUCCUCGAACUUGAUGACGUUAAAGAGCUAAUGGAAAGCACUCGCGAUCGAGACGGAAACAACAAAAUACUCGACUUCUUGCAGCAAAAUCACAACUUCCAACUCGAUAUGAUCGAUGCAUUGUUCAAAUACGCCAAGUUUAUGUACGAAUGUGGCAACUAUACUGCAGCAUCGGUUUGUCUCUACUACUACCGCAAUCUCGUACCUCAAGCUGAUCCAAACUAUCUCAAUGCUCUUUAUGGAAAACUAGCUAGCGAAAUCCUCUUGCAGGAAUGGGAUCAUGCACGAGACGACUUGGUGAAACUUCGUGCAUACAUCGAUUCAAAUCCUUUUGAUACCGAAUGGGAGCUGAUUCAUCAAAGAGCUUGGCUAAUGCAUUGGGCUCUCUUUGUGUAUUUCAAUUAUCCCAAAGGACGCGAUGAUAUAAUUGAGAUGUUUCUUAACCAGCAAACGUAUUUAAAUACUAUCCAAGUGAUGUGCCCUCAUCUCCUUCGAUACUUGGCUGUAGCCGUUGUGACAAGCAAGAACAAACAGAAGAAUAGUUUAAAAGACCUCAUAAAAGUCAUUGACAUUGAACGUCAUAACUAUCAAGAUCCUGUUACUGAUUUCCUUACUUGCUUGUAUAUCAAAUAUGACUUUGAUGAGGCUCAAGAAAAGCUUCGCCAAUGUGAAGAGGUAUUGUCAAAUGAUUUCUUCCUCACUGCUUGCCUCUCAGAUUUUCGUGAAUCUGCCCGUCUUCUAAUUUUCGAAAUGUUCUGUCGCAUUCAUCAAUGCAUCAGUAUAGAAAUGCUUGCUAGGAGGCUCAAUAUGUCACAGGUAGAAGCUGAGCGUUGGAUCGUUGAUCUCAUUCGUAACUAUCGAAUUGAAGGAGCCAAAAUCGACAGCAAAUUGGGGCAGGUGGUUAUGGGUGUGAAAGCAGUUAGUAUUCAUGAGCAGGUUAUGGAAAACACGAAGCGAUUAACACUGCGGGCACAGCAGAUCGCCUUGCAAUUGGAAAAGGCAAGAACUGAACGAAAAUCUACUGUUUAG